ACUCCUCAAUGACUAUACCAACAGCCACAAAGAGCGUACAAAGCUAUUAUUCAAAAAUAAAUUCUGAUCUCAUUCAAAACAAAGAGAAAACGCUAGAACUCGUUAACAGAGAUUGCGAUAGUCCGACUACACUUGAUAACCGAGAAACAGCUCUAAGUCAAAAAGCAUGUUAGAAAAAAGCACGCCAACAAAUUCUCAAAGCCGUGUAGACUACAAAGUGUUAAUACGGAGAAAAAGACUGUCACGACGGACCAGCACGGAAAAGUGCAUGUAAGUAAUUUGAAACGUCCGCUACGCAAACUUUAUUCGUUUGACUAAGCCUCGAGCAAUUAGAUAAGAAACUAUGUUCCCAGGAAUCAUAGGAAUCCAUGGGACGAUAACGUUGAAGAAUUUAGAAAAUAACCUAG